AUGCCUCGCAAAGGUAAGUCCAGCCUUUCAAGAGUAUCUUCACAAAGACAAGCGAAAAGAUUAGCUCGAUCGCUAGAAUCUUUAGAAGAUGCUGAACUGAGAAGGCAAGAACAAGCAGAGCGUCAGGCUGCUUUUAGAGCAUCUGAGACACCUUCUCAACGUCAGGAAAGGCAUUUUGAACAGACAGAGCAGCGUCAAGCUACUUUAAGAGCUACUGAAACACCUGAUCAAAGUCAGCGAAGGCGUCUUGAACAGGCAGAGCGUCAAGCUACUUUAAGAGCUACUGAAACACCUGCUCAAAGUCAGCGAAGGCGUCUUGAACAGGCAGAGCGUCAAGCUACUUUAAGAGCUACUGAAACACCUGCUCAAAGUCAGCAAAGGCUAUUCGAACAAGCGGAACGUCAGGCCGCCUUAAGAGCCGCGGAAACACCUGAUGAAACUCAACAUAGGCUCAUUGAGCAAGCUGAACGUCAAUCUACUAUAAGGGCAUCUGAAACACCAGAACAGACACAGGCGCGAAGAGAUGCAAAUGCACAGCUCCAAGCUGAACGUCGACAAAAUUUUCAAAUAAACAAUUGGUCGGUUUUUAAUGACGCAGCAUUCAAUUAUGAUCCGUUGAUUGAUUAUAGAAAUCACAGGUUAGUUGUUAUCGGACUGAUGGACAAGGCGUGUCGAUUUAGCAGCGCUUUAAAAUGGAAAGAUGAGACCGCAGGCAUGUGCUGUUCCAAUGGUAAAGUGUCUCUUCCGUUACUUGGGGAACCAGAAGAACCAUUGAAAACUCUCUUUUUAUAUGAUGCUAAUGAGUCACGGCGCUUUAUAAACAGGAUCCGGAAAUAUAACUCAUGCUUUCAAAUGACGUCCUUCGGAGUUGACCGGGAAAUAAUAAUGCCGGGAUUUUCGCCUACAUUUACGGUGCAAGGGCAAAUUUAUCAUAGAAUAGGUUCACUUUUUCCAGCUGAAAACGAACAGCAUAAAUUUUUACAAGUAUAUUUUAUGGGUGACGAAGAAAUUGAGGUAGACCGUCGCUGCCAAUUUAUCCAGGGAGUUGAGAGAGACACAGUGUUCAAAAUUCAAAGAUUCUUGCAUGAACGUAACAUUUUAGUCAAAACAUUUAAAACUGCUUUAGAAAUCCUACCUGAAGAGGAUUAUAAAGUCGUCAUUCACGCAGAUCGGACCCCUCGAGGAGAGCAUGAAAGGCGCUACAAUGCACCUUUGAUAAACGAAAUAGCAGCCGUAAUUAGUGGUGAUCAAUUUUCUUCACGAGACAUUGUCUUGCGAGCACGUGAUGAUACGUUGCAACGGGUAGCCGAUACACACAAGUUUUAUGACGCUCUGCAAUACUCAUUGAUUUAUUGCAAAGUACAAGAGGGUUAUCAUUUUCAAAUUCCACUCAUUAACUCGGUCACAAAGGAGCCUACUCCGAACAAAAAAGUAUCAUGUAUGGAUUUUUAUACGUAUCAUAUGAUGUUGCGAGAAAAUGAUUUUAACCUCUUAGCCCGGUAUAGACAAUUAUUUCAUCAAUUUUUGGUAGACAUGUAUGUGAAGGUAGAAAGUGAACAUCUCCGUUAUAUAUCUUUAAAUCAAAAAAAGCUGCGCGUUGAGAAUUAUAUACAUUUACAAGAUGCAGUUUCUAGCGACGCCAGUUUAAACCCCAGAAAUUUAGGUAAAAUGGUAAUUCUACCCUCAUCAUUCGUUAACAGUCCCCGCUACCUACAUGAGUACACACAAGACGCAUUCGCCUAUAUACGAACUUACGGAAGACCUGAUCUUUUUGUUACUUUUACUUGCAAUCCCACAUGGAAAGAAAUAACCGAGGAGCUAAUGCCGGGCCAAAAAAGUACUGACAGACACUAUUUAGUUGCUAGAGUAUUUAGAUUAAAAGUACAAAUAUUUUCAGAGAGGUGCAGUGCUUCAUGUAUUCAAUUGAAUGGCAAAAAAGAGAAUUACCGCAUGCCCACAUUCUAA